UGUCCCUCGGACACAGCGGAUCACCGAUCAACAGAAAGAGCCAAAGAUAGGGGACAUGUACACUGAUCAUUAGGGCACUGAUGAUCAGUGUGCCCUGAUGAUCUGUGUAGCACCAGCAAUGCCACCUGUCAUUGCUCAUCCAUGCCACCUGCCAGUGCCCAUCAGCGCCACAUCAAUGCCACAUAGUGCCUACCAGUGCACAUCAAUGCCACAUAUCAGUGCCCAUCUGAGCUGGCUUUCAGUGUCACCCAUCAUUGCCAGUCAGUGACACCUAUCAAUGCCAAUCAGUGCCACCUAUCAGUGCUGCCAAUCAGUGCCAGUCAGUGCCGCCUAUCAGUGCCAGUUAGUG